AUGUUACUUUCUGAUAGAUUUAUUAAUUCAAGCAAGCAUUUCAGUAAUUUGAGUUUUAGUCAAAAUCCUAGAUUGCCUCUAAAACUUAUAAAAUCGUCUAUCUAUCUAUCUAUCUAUCUAUCUAUCUAUCUAUCUAUCUAUUAUAUUUCAGGAGAAACGAGUUCUCAUAUCUUUAAAGAACUCUUCGGAAAGAUCAUGCUCUCUUCUGCAUCUGCCUAUAACUCAUACCGUGGGAACGUCGACUCUAACUUGUGCCCACGUGUUUGUGCCGACGACACUAACACAAGCAGCAGGAGAUCCCCACUACCACCUCCAUCCUCACCAUUCCCUUUUCCUGGUCUUCUUGGUCUUUCUUUCUUUCUUUCUUUCUUUCUUUCUUUCUUUCUUAUUGUGGUUCUUAUUUUUUGGUUCUUUUUCAUCUCGUGUUGGAAUCUGUUUUCAAUCGACAUUUGCAUACCUAUACAAUACAUACAUAUCUAUCUAUCUAUCUAUCUAUCUAUCUAUCUAUCUAUCUAUCUAUCUAUCUAUCUCAAUGGGCAGCAAUGUUUUAUGCUGGUUGUAUCAAAUUCUCUAUUAAUCAUCAACUAUCUAUCUAUCUAUCUAUCUAUCUAUCUAUCUAUGCAUUCAAAUCGACGGAUAAAUGCAGAUACAUCUAUCUAUCUAUCUAUCUAUCUAUCUAUCUAUCUAUCUAUCUAUCGAUGUCGUGCUUAA